UCAAUGAGGUUAUGCGCGCUGGUAGUUCCGAGUUCAUAAUACAAUCGAUUUGAUUACAAGCCAUAGGCACUGCGUUUACGUGCGCGCGCUUGUCUGCGUGUGUAUGUAAUGUUUAUGUGUUUAUUUUUUUUCUCUAAACAUAAGUGGGAUCGAGAUCGGCCUUCAAAAUAUUCCGAUUUCCUAUGCAAUUAUUGUUGUGUUUCCGCGGUCCUUAAUUUAUCACGGUUUUAUCCCUUGGACGCAUGACGUUUUAAUUGAAUGAAAUCGCGAUUUGGUAGCUGCUGUGUCGUUUUUUAUUUCCAGUGUUUGUGAAAUAUUGUGUAUAUCCAUUAUCGUGGUGUAAAGAAGGAACAUCGGUAAAUAUGGCUGAGGUUAAACCUGCCACCAGUCAACAACAACCAAUCGUCAAAAUAGGUCAUUAUAUACUUGGACAGACACUUGGUGUUGGCACAUUUGGCAAAGUGAAAAUUGGUGAACAUCAGCUCACCAAACACAAAGUGGCUGUCAAAAUACUCAAUAGACAGAAGAUCAAAAGUCUGGAUGUUGUUGGAAAAAUACGUCGAGAAAUUCAAAAUCUCAAACUUUUCCGUCAUCCUCACAUUAUUAAAUUGUAUCAAGUUAUCAGCACGCCUACUGAUAUAUUCAUGAUAAUGGAGUAUGUAUCUGGUGGAGAACUAUUUGAUUAUAUUGUAAAACAUGGUAAACUUAAGGAAUUUGAAGCUCGUCGUUUCUUUCAACAAAUCAUAUCUGGGGUUGACUAUUGUCAUAGACACAUGAUUGUACAUAGAGAUUUAAAACCAGAAAACUUAUUAUUAGAUCAUAAUUUACACGUUAAAAUUGCUGAUUUUGGGUUAUCCAACAUGAUGAUGGAUGGGGAAUUUUUAAGAACAAGCUGUGGUUCACCUAAUUAUGCUGCACCAGAAGUUAUUUCAGGAAAAUUGUAUGCUGGACCUGAGGUAGAUAUUUGGUCAUGUGGUGUUAUUUUGUAUGCAUUAUUAUGUGGUUCUUUGCCUUUUGAUGAUGAACAUGUGCCAACUUUAUUUCGAAAAAUUAAAUCUGGUAUAUUUCCUAUACCAGAUUAUUUAAAUAAAUCUGUUGUUAGUUUAUUAUGUCAUAUGUUGCAAGUAGAUCCAAUGAAAAGAGCAUCUAUUGAAGAUAUUAAAAAACAUGAAUGGUUUCAACAUGAACUACCUGCAUAUCUUUUCCCUUCACCAGUUGACCGAGACUCUUCAGUGAUUGAUACAGAUGCGGUUAAUGAAGUUUGUGAAAAAUUUAGUGUUAAAGACACUGAAGUUCACAAUGCUUUAUUAAGUGGUGAUCCUCAUGAUCAAUUAGGUAUUGCUUACCAUUUAAUAAUUGAUAAUAAACGAAUCGCUGAUGAAGCAGCUAAAGCAGAGUUAAAAGAUUUUUAUAUUGCUAGUAGUCCACCUUCAACAGGAGGAAGUCUAGAGCCAUCAACUUUAAAUGCAGUUGCUAAACCACAUCCUGAAAGAAUUAUAUCUCAAAGAGAACGUGCUCAAUCUAUAGAUCAAGGUGCCAGAGGAUCUCCAAUGAAAAGAGCUAAAUGGCAUUUAGGCAUAAGAUCUCAAAGCAGACCCACAGAUAUUAUGAACGAAGUAUAUAGAGCAAUGAAAGCAUUGAAUUUUGAAUGGAGAGUAAUAAAUCCUUACCAUGUUCAAGUACGACACAUGAACAAAAAAACUGAUAAUUUUAUCAUGAUCUCAUUGCAACUGUAUCAAGUGGAUUACAAAAGCUAUUUGUUAGAUUUUAAGAGUUUAACAAAUGAUCAGUUAGAAAAUGGAAAUUUACCUGCACCAACUUUAGAAAUUGAAAAUCAAUCUCCAAGACAAGAUGUUGUACAACCACAAAAAAAAUGUGUAGGGCAUCAUACAAUGGAGUUUUUUGAAAUGUGUGCAUCUUUGAUUACCCAACUUGCCCAUUAAUUAGUAAAUAUAAGUAUUUGUUGUAAUUAAUUGAUGUGAGUAUUACCAAAUUGUUAAAGAAGUAAAUUUAAUCCUUAGACAAGCAGUUAGUUGUUUAUUGUUGUCCCUAUAAAUGUCUCUUAAUAUUUGUAUGUAAAGCCAAUGUACAUUUUGCAUUAUAAAGUGUAUGGUAACGUUUCAAUGUAAACUUGACUCUUUAAUACUCUAUCCAGUUUAUCCCACCAUAGAAAAUACUAGGUUGUUGUUAUAGAAUGAGGUUUGUCAGUCAAUUAUGAUGUCAUAUCCCUCUUCAAUGUUACCAUAUAUUCUUCCUAUUGUACCAUAUACCACACACAUUCUAUUAGAAUUUGGUAGAACAUAUUAUUGGCGAUAUUGCAAUGCAGAAUGUUUCAUAGUCGAUAAGUUCUCUCACCGCCCAUGGGACAGACUUUAAUAACACAACAUUUGAAUAAUCUUGUACCUAUACUAUAUAUAAUGGGUAUAAUAAGUGUUAUCAUUGUAUGUACUUUAAUUUCAAGAUUUUUCACUUUAUGUUUGUCUUAAGAGAAAUAUCAUAGCCGUAUUUAAAUCUCAAAUUUUAAAUAAUUUAAUAUGCCCUAAAGAUGUAUUUUAUAAUUAAGUGCCUAUUGUUAUUUUUAAAUUUAUACUAAAAAUGCAUAGACAGUU